ACCACAUAUCCAUGCGCCCUAGAUCGAUGUCUUGGAAUAAAUGUUUCAUGAGGCCCGAGUAUUACCAGACAGCCUGGGAUUGCCUUACAUCAGGGUUCCAGAACUUGUGUUCGUCCCGGCAGGCAGCUGAGGUCAAUCAUCUUUCCCUAUGGAGCAGAGAACUCCUGUGUGUAAAGUAACCGGGUUUGCAAUAAGCUGUGGUUUCUGCUUGCUGUUUCUGUUCAUAUUGCUGCUUUACAGUGGGAAGGAAAAUUAUUCACCUUUCAAACAGGCUCCAUAUGCAAUGAAAGCCAACAGACUAGGUGUUCUGGAACAGAACAAAUUAGACCAGCUUCAACGGAAUUGCAAAGCGUUAUUUGAAGGAGACAGGCACGCGGUUAUGCAGGCCAAGAAGGCGAUGGAAACCCCCAAAAAAGCGCUCACGCCUGAUUUCUACAAGACCGCACUAUCAGACUGCACAGCCUUCAAAAAUAAGAGGAAAUAUAUCCUGUCUGCAUCUCCCGAAGAGAAGAAAUUUCCGCUGGCUUUUAGUAUUUUGGUGUACAAAGACAUUGAGCAGGUGGAGAGGUUGCUGCGAGCUGUAUACCGCCCUCAUAAUUUUUACUGUAUCCAUGUUGAUAGCAAAUCACCGAAGGAUUUCUAUGAAGCGGUAGUGCUGCUGAGCGAAUGUUUAGAAAACGUCUUUAUGGCCCCGAGACGCGUAGAUGUUAGAUGGGCUGAAUUUAGCGUCUUGGAACCAGAAAUACUCUGCAUGAGAGAAUUAUUAAAGAAGAAAAACUGGAAAUAUUUUUUAAACUUAGUCGGACAGGAGUUUCCACUAAAAACCAACAAAGAACUGGUGAAAAUACUGCAAACAUAUAAUAAUUCUAAUGAUAUUGAUGGAAACAUCAAAAGUAGGAACCUCGAUCGAACAGAAUACGUUUGGAGUGGUUUCUAUAGGACAAACGUAAAGAAGUCGCCACCACGCUGGAAAAUAAAACUUGCCAAAGGAUCUGUCCACAUAGCGGCAACCAGAGGCUAUGUCGAUUACGUCAUCAAUAGUGAAAUAGGAAAAUAUUUCUUAGAGUGGGUUAAAGACACUGGGACUCCAGAUGAGACUUUCUUUGCCACUCUCAACAUCAACCCACACUUAAAAGUACCAGGGGCUUUCACAGGUGACAUUGAGAAAAAGCCGUUUUUGACCCGGUACAAGCUAUGGCUGUACGGAGAAGACGCCAAAUACUGCGGCGGCAAGGUGGUACGUGCCAUAUGCGUAUUUGGCGUGACAGACCUUCCUAAACUACUUUCUCGUAAAGAACUAUUUGCCAACAAAUUCCAUUUGACGUUUGAACCGUUAGCGUAUGACUGUAUGGAAGAGCUUUACUUUAACAGGACAGCUAACGAAGACCAUUUUCCAAUUGAUGUGGAUUAUUACAGUAGUUUACCAUUUGUAAAACAACAUAUAUGACAAAAUUAACAUGCCGUUUCGUUAACUAAGACAAUUCAGUUAUGUACGCGUUAUAGAUGUACUUAGGAAUACUAAGAAAUACACCACUUGUGGAGCAACGUUUUCCAUCGAGAUCAAACGCAUUUAGCUUUUUUUCAAAAACGCAGUUAAUUAAGACAAAACAUUCAAAUUUUGUUGAAAUAUCAUCAGAUUAAAAAAGCAGUGACCUAUAAGUGCUUAUGUCAUAAGACCAGAAUGGUGUUACGCAGUAAAUAAAAGUCAAGUCUUUUGUACACAUUGCAAAUAGCAUUCGAUCACUCUGUCUAUCAUCAUUAUCAUCAAAGUCUCAUGCAGGAUUUUAUGUUCACUUUUUAUAGCAAAAGCUGGCAGAAAUGCAAGCACAUGCACAUGGUUAAUCCCUGCCACCGCAUUCAGCUGGGAUCAAAACGGUUCAUGUCUCAGCUGGCGACUGAUUCUAUACCAAUCCUAGAUA